GGCUCCGGCGGGCGGGCGGGUGGCGCAGCGCGGUGCCCGGGUCUGUGCCGGCGGCGGGCAGGAGGGGCCGCGGGCUCCCCGCGAAGAGGCGGAUGAUGAACAAGCUCUACAUCGGGAACCUGAGCCCCGCCGCCACCGCCGACGAGCUCCGGCAGCUCUUCGGGGACAGGAAGCUGCCCCUGGCCGGCCAGGUCCUGCUCAAGUCCGGCUACGCCUUCGUGGAUUACCCGGACCAGAACUGGGCCAUCCGGGCCAUUGAGACCCUCUCGGGUAAAGUGGAGCUGCAUGGCAAAGUCAUGGAGGUGGAUUACUCGGUCCCUAAAAAGCUAAGGAGCAGGAAGAUUCAGAUCCGGAACAUCCCCCCUCACCUACAGUGGGAGGUGCUAGAUGGACUUUUAGCUCAGUAUGGGACAGUAGAGAAUGUGGAACAAGUCAACACAGACACAGAAACGGCUGUUGUCAACGUAACUUAUGCAACAAAAGAAGAAGCAAAAGUAGCAAUUGAGAAGCUCAGUGGCCACCAGUUUGAGAAUUAUUCCUUCAAGAUUUCCUACAUCCCGGAUGAAGAGGUGAGCUCCCCUCCGCCCUCUCAGCGGUCCCGCCGGGGGGGCCGUGCCUCCAGGGAGCGGGGCUCCUCCCCGGGGGGCUCCUCACAGCCCAAACAGCUCGAUUUCCCACUGCGGAUCCUGGUCCCCACGCAGUUUGUUGGUGCGAUCAUAGGAAAGGAGGGCUUGACCAUAAAGAACCUCACUAAGCAAACCCAGUCCAAGGUAGACAUCCAUCGGAAGGAGAAUGCCGGUGCUGCUGAGAAGCCAAUCACCAUCCACGCCAGCCCCGAAGGGUGCUCUGAAGCAUGCCGCAUGAUCCUCGAUAUCAUGCAGAAAGAAGCGGACGAGACUAAAUCCACCGAAGAGGUUCCCUUGAAAAUCUUAGCACACAACAGUCUGGUUGGGAGACUUAUCGGCAAAGAGGGACGAAACCUGAAGAAAAUUGAGCAAGACACAGGGACCAAGAUCACCAUCUCUCCUUUACAGGAUUUAACCAUUUAUAACCCUGAACGGACCAUCACGGUGAAGGGCAGCAUCGAGGCCUGCUCCAAUGCCGAAGUGGAGAUCAUGAAGAAGUUGCGAGAGGCCUAUGAGAAUGACAUUGUCGCCGUCAACCAACAAGCCAACCUGAUCCCAGGGCUGAACCUCAGUGCACUGGGGAUCUUCUCCACGGGGCUGUCCAUGCUGCCCUCUGCAGCGGGGGCCCGCGGAGCUGCUGCAGCUGCCUCCUACAACCCCUUUGCGAGCCCCUCAGCAUACCUCUCGGGUCUGUACGGAGCCUCCCCCAUUGGCGCCUUCCCACAGCAGCACUCUUUGCCGGCCCAGGAGGUUGUGAAUUUAUUCAUCCCGACGCAGGCAGUGGGUGCCAUCAUUGGGAAGAAAGGCCAACACAUUAAACAGCUGGCGAGAUUCGCUGGCGCCUCUAUCAAGAUUGCACCAGCAGAGGGUCCAGAUGCCAGCGAGAGGAUGGUCAUCAUCACCGGGCCCCCGGAAGCCCAGUUUAAGGCCCAGGGCCGGAUAUUUGGCAAACUGAAGGAAGAAAACUUCUUUAAUCCCAAAGAAGAAGUGAAGCUUGAAGCCCACAUCAAGGUGCCUUCCUCUGCAGCUGGACGCGUGAUAGGCAAAGGUGGCAAAACGGUGAACGAACUGCAGAACUUAACCAGUGCAGAAGUCAUUGUCCCCCGUGACCAAACUCCUGAUGAGAAUGAGGAAGUUGUCGUUAAAAUCAUCGGGCAUUUCUUUGCCAGUCAGACUGCACAGCGCAAGAUCAGGGAAAUCGUACAGCAGGUGAAGCAGCAGGAGCAGAAACAUGUUCAGGGAGCCCCUUCCCUACAGCGCAGCAAGUGAGGCUCCGACACGCCAGCCAGCAACAACCGAUGAAUGUAGCCCUUCCAAUACCUGCCAGAGCGCCAGAUCGGGGAGCCAACCAAAGACCCUCCUGAGGCAUAAAUGUCUGCCCGCGGCUGGGCUGCGCAGAGGACUCACAGUGGGGAGGGGGAGGGGGAGGGUUCCAACCCACUCACACUGAUGCUACCACACAGCAGGGGCUUUGCAGACUCUUCCAGGCCACAGCCUCCACGUUCCUCUAUUUACUAGCACGACGCUAUCCCUUUAGUUGGACUAACAUAGGCGGAGAUGGGGCAAACCACCCCCUGACAGCUCUUUAGGACCCACUCUUUGUGCAUGUGUGCACAUACUAGAUGAGAAGAAUUUUACAGUGCAUGGGCUGCAGUGCGAGGUGGCGCUUGCAGCAUUAAUAUAUUUUAGAAUUAAUAUAUCUAACGAAACUAACCGAUUUUUCUUUUUGGGGGGGGAAAAAGUAAUUUUUUUUAUUUUUUACUUGUUUUUUGGGGCUUUUGUUUGACGAAAAAGCAGGCUUUUUUAGACAUCUAAGGAAAGAAACGAGUCCACUUGGAUAUCUAAUAUACAAUAGACUGAAGAUACUGCCAGCAGCAAAAUUAAAAGAGGGUAAAAAGUGGCAAUUUCCGUAAAGGCUUUAGGAAGAGCAGCGUUUGGAUUGUCUGUGCCAACACAAGGGAUACCGUCUCUUAGAAGAGGAAUCUCUCUAUAUAUUUCUGUCCAGCUCACAUACCUGUUUCUCUUUGCUUCACAGAUUCCACACUGGUUUUUGCAUCCUGUCCUAUUCCCUCCCUCUCACUUUCUCUCUUUCUCUCUCUCUCCACCACCACAUCAGCCGUGCUCUAAGUAACACACCACCGAAAACAAACACAAGAAACACCCAGCCACAACUUCCACUUUGGUUAUCACCCAACCCAGCCACCAUGGUACUUGUACUAGCAUUUUUGCAAAAAAAGAAAGAAAGAAAAAACAAGAACCCUCGGCGCCCCCAGCGACGCAGAAGCUUCAGCCCUUGCGAGGGGAGGACACUGCAUCAGGAUUGGGGGAAGGGGCUUCUUUCUUUCUUUUUGUUUUUUAAAUGGGGGGGAGGGGAGACAAAAAUAAUUUACAAGAUGUUGUUGGCCCAGGGCAUGGAAAUUGCAAUUUUUUUUUCUUUUUAAAGAAGAGAAAAAAAAAAACUACCUCAGGUGUUUUCGUACCUCAGCACCUUGCCCUCGUGUUUCCCUUUUAGAGAUUUUGUAUGCCUUGUAAAACUGAUAGUUGGAGCAUUUUUUUAUUUUUUUAAUAAAAAUGAGUUGGAAAAAAAUCUAGACCAAGUCAGCUGCCCAGCGGGAGAAGGUGCCGUCCCGCGUGUGCAACGACAGCUCUGUAUUAUCUUUCUGCUAGCUGAGAGCCGAUGGCCUUUCCUUUGGAGAAACCUUGAAGAUGUUCUUAGAAACAAACUGACAAAAAGACAACCCGAGAGAGAAAGGAUUGAAGAAGAACUCCUGAGUUUUGAUAGGGCACACGCCAUUAGAGUUUUCUACGCUAAAGGAUGACCAUGUACUGGUUUACGUGAACAUACCAUUGUACCAACAGACUGCAAUGCCAGUUUUCUCUACUGCAAACAGUGUUCUGUGAAAAAAAAGAAAUAUAUCCAGCUAACAAGA